AUGAAUGGGUCAGUCUGGAAGCCUCAGGCCGCUGUGCCUUCCAAAAUCAAGAGCCUCUUGUCAACUGAAGAUCCAAUCAACAACAUGCUUGCAUUUACCCAAAUUGUUCGUCUUUUGAAGACCCAACCACGUACGGGAUGGGUCGACCGUGGCAUUCCAGUGGAGAAGACGGAAAGUAUUGCCGAUCACAUGUACAGAAUGUCCAUAAUUGCCAUGGCUAUUCCUGCGGAAUCGGUCAGCAUUGACAAGUGUGUCAAGAUCGCCUUAGUACACGAUAUUGCCGAGUCGUUGGUGGGUGACAUUACUCCAUUUGGUGGAGUUACAAAGGAGGAGAAGCAUCGCCGAGAGUUGGAGACCAUUGAGUACUUGGUUGAGUUGAUCCAGCCUUAUAAUGAGCGUUUUGCCAAUGAGAUGAAGGAAUUGUGGCUUGACUACGAGGAGAUCCGGUGCUUGGAGGCCAGAUACGUCAAGGAUAUUGAUAAGCUUGAGAUGAUCCAGCAGGCGUGGGACUACGAGCAGGAAUACGGAUUGAAAUAUGACUUGAGCGAGUUCUACCUGUCGAGAGCCAGCAUCAAAACCAAGGAGAUCGGCGACUUGUGUGACGAGUUAAUUAGACAGCGUGAUGCCUUCAUUGGCAAAUUGAAGCUGAGCCAGUGA